CCUUCGUAAGCGUUCCGUGGCAUUCUAGUGCGGAACUCCGUCCGCGUUACGCGUCUAUCGAUAUCUCGCGUGUGCGGUCUCAAGUCGCAACACUAACCACCCACGUGUUUUCGGGAGUUUUUGCUCAGUUUUCGUUCGAAUUUUAAAAUGCUAUAUGUGAUUUGUAUACAACAUUUUCUUCAUUUUGCGAUUAAAUAAUUGAGGAUCAGAGAUUAUUAGAUAAUUCCUAGCCGUUGAAUCUCAUCAGUAUUAAAGAUGUAUUUAGUUCCACUUUUCGCCGUGGCGCUACUGGGCUCGUGUCGCUGUGCCAACGUUAAUAAGCACAUGAAACUUUUGGAGAUCGAUAACAGUAUUGAAAGUAAUGGAGCAACAAAAUCGUCGAGUGGCGCGCGCAAGUUCCUUAGUAUAACUCAGAAGCCGAAGGCCUCGUACGCGCAUGCGUCGGGCACGGCUCUCGAACUCACAUGCGAAGCGGUCGGUGCGCCAGCGCCCUCUGUGCACUGGUUUAAAAACGAUGCCCCUGUUUAUGAGUACGAUAUAGAAUCAAAUGAGUUAAUAGACAGUAACCCGACGUCAGUAGCUCGCAUCACGUCGACGUUACUCGUCUCUAGGACCGUCUCUGAAGAUGUGUAUACUUGUGUGGUCACGUCAGGUGUGAAGAUUGCCAGAGCAAUUACUCUCGUAUAUAGUACAGAUGGCAGCACGGACCUAUCAGAGCGCCUCAAGUUGUACCCACUGAAGCCUCGCAUCGUGGUCUCGUACAAGGUUUACGUGGACACCAUUGGCAACAACAUCGUGCUACCGUGUCGCGUGAAAGGACAUCCGAGACCUCACGUCACUUGGCUCGAUAACAAGGGAGCCGUGAUCAAGAAGGACCCGAGGAUGAAGGUGUUGAGGUCGGGCGAGCUGGUGAUAUCGUCGCUGCGCUGGGCCGACAUGGGCGAGUACUCGUGCCGCGCCACCAACGCGUUCGGCUCACAGCUCGCGAACACGUUCGUCUAUCCCGCUAAAGCUGGAUAAAUCAACAGGAAGGUUUUAAAAUAAGCGUCAAGUAUACUUAAACUGGAUGUUCCUCUUAACAUUAAGUAUGUAUUUGUUAAGGGCACGCACACCAUGUAAGAAACGCUGCGGUUUUGUGAGGCGACGUUUCUAAGUUUCUCUGGACUCUCAUUUUUUAUAACACCAAUAGUAAUCUCAAAUAUUAGAGAAAUACAUAUUAUAUUAUUUAUAUUUCGUUCAAUCAAUAUCUUCACUAUCAAUAAAUUGUUAAAGAAACUUAGACGUAUCGUGUACGUUGCGGCUGGCCCGCGUGUAUAAAAACGCAGCGUUUUCCCGCCUGUGUGCGAACACCCUAAUUCUGCCUAUUUUAUAUUUGUUACAUUAAAUUAUAACGUAACAAUUUAUUCACCGAAUGUUAUUAAUUUUUUUAAUUAUUGUGAUGAGUUUAUAACGAAUAAUUAAUUAUAGACUGUGAUUGAAAACAUUAAAUAAUAAUGAUAA